CUAGGAAGACGGUGGAGAGCAGCUGAGGGCUGUACAUAACUAAGGUGAUCGAGGGAGAUUGUUCUGCCAGGGGUCCGUCGGCUCUCACUGUGGUUCUGUUCGGUAUGGAGUGGGGGUCAGUGGUGAGGUGGCUGGCGGUGGCUGUGUUGGUUUUGAUGGCGGGAGUUAGCAGAAGGGCUGACGGAGCUGCUGCUACCGGGAACGUGACUUACGACGGGAGGUCCCUCAUCAUCAACGGUCAGCGGAAAAUUCUGUUUUCCGGCUCCAUUCACUAUCCCAGAAGCACUCCCAACAUGUGGCCGUCUCUCAUAGCAAAAGCGAAACUGGGAGGAGUCGAUGUGAUACAGACUUACGUCUUCUGGAAUCUACACGAGCCCAAACCACGGAAGUAUGUGUUCAGUGGGAGAGCGAACAUCGUCAGGUUCAUCAAGGAAGUCCAAGCACAAGGUCUCUAUGUCUGCCUGAGAAUCGGACCCUACAUCCAGGGCGAAUGGAAUUACGGGGGACUGCCUUUCUGGUUGCAUGACAUACCAGGGAUUGUAUACCGAUCUGACAAUGAGGCGUUUGAGCGAGAAAUGCAGAAUUUCACAAUGAAGAUCGUGAAUUUGAUGAAAGAAAACAAGUUAUUCGCUUCACAGGGAGGCCCAAUAAUAUUAUCCCAGAUUGAGAAUGAAUAUAAAACAGUAGAAAAAGCUUUUCAUGAAAAAGGGCCUGCUUACGUGCGUUGGGCUGCUAGGAUGGCUGUCGGACUUCAGACUGGAGUCCCGUGGGUGAUGUGUAAGCAAGAUGACGCUCCCGAUCCAGUGAUUAAUGCAUGCAAUGGUAGGCGAUGCGGAGAAACAUUUGCAGGGCCCAACUCACCAAAUAAACCUGCAAUAUGGACAGAGAACUGGACAAGUUUUUUGCAAAGAUAUGGCACCGAACCGAUCCUGAGAUCAGCAGAAGACAUUGCAUACCAAGUUGCACUCUUCAUAGCAAAAAAUGGAAGUUAUGUCAAUUAUUACAUGUAUCAUGGAGGAACAAACUUUGGAAGAAAAGCUUCAGCAUUUAUGAUUACCGCUUACUACGAUCAAGCCCCUUUGGACGAGUAUGGUCUGAUCAGGCAGCCUAAGUGGAGCCACCUUAAGGAAUUACAUGCAGCCGUAAAAUUGAUCUCGAGGCCUUUACUAUAUGGAAAACCGAGUGCUUUCCCCUUGGGAACAAAUCAACAAGCCUUUGUCUUCAGCGGCCCAUCGCAACAAUGUGCAGCCUUUCUAAUAAACAACAGCACCGGAGAAGAUGUAAAAGUAAAUUUCCAAAAUAUCUCCUAUGAAUUACCUCCAAAGUCCAUUAGCAUCCUACAAGAUUGCAGGACAGAGGUUUUCAACACGGCAAAGGUCAGCAUGAAGGACAAUACAAGAACAUAUGCUACAAGCAUAAAGUUCGAUUCAAAUUUGGGAUGGCAACAGUUCCAAGAGCCGAUUGUUAACUUUGAUGCAACUAAGUUGAGGGCAGACACAUUACUGGAACAAAUGAAUACAACCAAAGAUAAAUCCGAUUAUCUGUGGUAUACAUUCGGGUUGCAGCAAGAUUCACCCACUGCUGAAUCAAAUCUCGACGUGUACACCCGUGGACAUCUAUUGCAUGCAUUCGUGAAUGGAAAAUAUGUAGCAUCUGCUCAUGGAAUUGAUGGAAGAAGUAAUUAUAGCCUACGGAGUACGAUAUCAUUAAGCCAGGGGACAAACUACGUCUCUUUGCUGAGUGUCUUGGUCGGAUUGCCGGAUUCAGGGGCGUACCUGGAAAGAAGGUUUGUGGGAUUACGCAGAGUGCGGAUUCAAGGAUGGGCUAUCACGAACCACACUUGGGGCUAUCAGGUUGGCCUGUUAGGAGAAAGGCUAAAGAUUUACACAACUAAUGGCUCCAGAGAAGUUCAGUGGAGAAGUUAUGGGACCUCCAGUCCGCAGCAACUUACAUGGUACAAGACUACAUUCGAUGCACCAGCCGGAAAUGACCCCCUCGCAAUAAACAUGAUUUCCAUGGGAAAGGGCCAAAUUUGGGUAAACGGGCAAAGUAUUGGUCGAUAUUGGCUCUCGUUCCACACUGAGAAAGGGAAUCCUUCACAGACAUGGUACCACCUACCAAGGUCUUUCCUCAAACCUACAGGGAACCUACUGGUCAUCCUAGAAGAACAAAUCGGAUACCCUCUUGAUAUUACAUUAGACAUUGUCACAGCAGACGAGCAACCGUAGAAAAGAAGAGAGGCAUGUCCAGGAUAGGCACCAGCAGUCCAGUUGCUCUGAAUCAUCACCGACAGCAAUUAGUAGUUUACAAUAGCUUUUACAGGCAGGGUUUAUAUUAUUUGUUGGAGAUUCAAUUUACUGUUCCAGAGAAAAAUGAAGAAUUGGUAAAAGAUGCAUUUACUUUGUGGAAGCAGAUUUAUUAAGAUCAUGUAACAAGGCAGGUUCGAGGAAUGAUGUUGAUAUUAUUCAAUGAAAUUGUUUGUCAAUAACUUUUCCA